GAGCGAACGCGGCUGUGCUCAGCGCCGAGAGCGCCCCAGAUUCCGUCGCCGAGGUGCCACCGGGAAAGAAAAAAAAAGUUUGCGCGCGCGCUUCGCGCAAUUUAACGGUGAACGUGCGUGCGCGAAAUAAUAGGAGGAGUGGGAGUGAUAUUCACGAGCAGAGUGCGCCAUUCUUAGUGGGGACUCUCCUUCAUUUCCCGUUAUCCUAUUAUUUCCUUUGCUUGGUCAAGGCUAGUGACCCCGUCCUUUACGUCAUGCCCAGGGUAGCUAAAGUAGUUGCCCCCGGCGCUGACGUCAGCGGAUUACACGCAAGACUGUGACGAAUGGAUUAACUGUGUCUCAUCGCCGCCUCCGACGGGAUCGGCUGCACCCACGCCAAAAGCCGGGAGUGUAUUGGAAAACUGCUCCGGAUUAUGUGACGUGCUUUGAGUCGCGCUUCAGCAGCGAUUGGCCUGCCGUCGACGACCGGGAUAGUCCCAUGGGGGGGCUCUAGACAUUCGGGGGGUGCCGCUUCUGGGCCUGCACCUGCUGCCACGAUGUCUCCGCUGACGCUGUUCACUAACCCUGCGGCGGGUGGGACACGGUCGGCCCACGGCGCCGCUCAGACAGUGGGCCUCUGGGCCAUUCUCAGUUCCCUUGCUGUGCUGACAUUUAUGGUGCUUACACUAGCGACCGUCGACGAGGACGGUCCUGCGCCGAGCCGUAGGCCGCAUGUCGAUGCCCCAACGUCGUCUCCCGAAGACUCCAGGAACACGGGUUUGAAGGUAGCGUCGCGCCGCGUUCGUUCGGCCGAGGCAUCGCUUGUGUCAGCGCCGGAGAUCUUGAACCCCAAGCUGUUCCCGGACAUUGAGCAGCCGGCGUUCGACAACAGUACGCCACGCAACGUCACCACGCAACAAAUGCAGACCGUGUAUCUGCACUGCAUAGUCAACAAUCUCGGUGAAAGGACGGUGUCCUGGAUCCGCCGCCGCGACUUCCACGUGCUCACGGUGGGUUUGACAACGUACACAGCUGACGACCGGUUCCAGGCGGUGCACAUGGACCGCUCCGAGGAUUGGAUGCUGCAGAUCAAGCGCGUCCAGCCCACCGACGCCGGAGACUACGAGUGCCAGAUCAACAUGCACCCGCUCAUCUCCUACUUUGUGCGGCUGACCGUGUUGGUGCCACGCGCCCGGAUCCUGGAGGCACCGGAGCUAUUCAUCAACAGUGGCUCGUCUAUCAACGUGAGCUGCGCGAUCGAGCACAGUCCCGAGCCGCCAGUGUUUGUGUUCUGGUACCACAACGACCGCGUUAUCAACUACGACGAGACGAAGGGCGGCCCGGGACACAUCUCGGGCGCCAAGCGCCCUCCCGACGCUUACAUCAGCAGCCUCUUCAUACGCAACGCCCGGCCACAGGAUUCCGGCAACUACACCUGUGGUCCGUCAAACGCCGACUCCACAAGUGUCGUGGUGCACGUGCUCAACGGUGAGAAGAGAGCCGCCAUGCAGCACGACUUCUCGCCAUCGCGGGCCCUGCUUCCGGUCUCGGUUGAGGCGAGGCUGGUGCUCUGUUCCCUGUUCACGACGCUAGGCGUCGCCUUCAGGCUCACCUCUUCUUGACCGUCCUGCGUGACCAAACUCGCCACGUUUCUUCAAAGCUUCAUCGCUGUCCGUCCAAACUCACAGGCCCCCAAGAGAGGUCUGGCCGUCUCAGCAAAAGCUCAUAAGGGUUGCUGGGUGCCGUUCAAGCGCAUCCAAUCAUUUCCACCCCAGCGUUCUUGCUAAAAGACAGUGUCCGUGUUUGUGCGUGAUGUGAUGGAGCGACUGAGCACUCGUGGUUCGUCCAGCCCGGUGAGCAGCGCUGGACCUGCAGUGCGCCAGCUCGGCACCCGCACGCAGCAGGGCAGCAGCACCGGAGAGUCGCCGAAACGGUGCUCUUGUAGCUGGGACGAUUUUGUGACGCCACGUACGAAAGUCGGUGGACGCUAAGUGGACUUACUGGAAGCCACGUCCUAGCGAUGCACCUAGACUGCGAACCAUACAUAACCUGUGCGUCACACGUUUCGCUGGCUGACAACGUACAUUCCAGGACGCUCGAACUGUGCGGAGAUUCUCUAACCAUUUGCGGUCCCUGCGCCGAGAGCUCUUCUAGUCAUUAGUGAGAAGUCAAAUAAAAAUGAGAAAAGCGGGAUGGCAUUGCGCACUAAUGACCUGGUGGUAGAAAUUUGUCAUAACUACGUUACGCUCUUGUAUUGUAACCACAUUUAUUUUCGGAUGGGAAAGAAAGGAAGAAACAGACAGUUUUAGAAUGUCGACUUUAUUCAUCAGCGUCAAGCAUUACAGGCGGUAUUCUGACGGAGUCGACAAAGCUACAAAUGCAUUUUGUCACGAAACAACUUGUGGUUGACCAUUCAUGACCCUAUUUGCUUUUGUGGUGCCGACCCGUUUAACAGUGAAAUAGAACUGCACCAUGCUUAUGCCCUUUCAUACGACCUUGUUCCUAAUAACGCUGCGACUUUUUUUACCUGCAGAACCGUACUGGUAUCCCUACGCUCGUUACAAAGUGAGAUUUUUAUUCAACGGCAUACUAUUUCCGCGAACGCACUUCCUAAAGUUAAGAGAAGAAUGUUCAUCGUCAUGCGUCACUUGAUUGUUUAUCCAAGAAAAAAUAACUUCAUCUGCCAUAGUUUCUUACUGGCACACAGAGUAACCUUUACUGGACCGCAAAAGCUUCACCCCACACAGGAAGUUCCGCUACGUGCCCUGGAUCUUGCAGUCCAUUUAUCGCUGAUGGUCGGCUAUGUCUGAAUGCUCGUUCUACUGUGCUCGCGCUUACAUUCUGCACGUAAAAGUUUUUACGUCGCAACGAGUUUAAUUUGAAAAUAUAUGAGGAAGCCUGUCCAAGAAAUUUCCUCUUGAUGUGUAAUCGAGAUAAAGGGCUCCUUUGAGUGGUGAAGCAGAAAAGGUUUUUUUUUUCUUUGCCUUUAAAGAAACUGCUUGUCGGAUACAUGAGCGGUUCGUGUUACCUUUUAGCAGACCACUUCCUAGCAUUGUAAGUAACAUCUGUUCCUAUGAUGAAGACCUGCUCGCGCUACAAAAAUACAUUAGGACCCGCUUAAAGAAAAGGAUAUUGCCAAAAAGGGACGUCCGAAAGACGAAACGGGCAAAGGGAUGACGCCCGUUUCACAUUAUUCCUACGUCCACAAAUAUCGUGUUAUUUUGUUAGUUUCUAUCGAAGAGACGGAACCGGGCGCAUGUGUCAUCAACUCGUGCGUUGUGCAAUGGCAUCUCUCCUUUCUAUAAAGUGGAUAAAUGAGAUGAGGAUGUUCUGGUCAGGAUAUUUGUAACUAAAUGACUUGUUCUUCAUCGUUUGCCUCAUGUAUAUACUAUUUAAGGGUGAGCACGUUCUGAAACUGUUUUUGAGAACGUCGGUUAAGAGUCAUGUUUAACACUUCAUGUAAAAAAAAGAGUUAGUUAAGUAGAUGUUGGUUGUACAUACAUGGUCACACAUUUUUGUGAAAGAAUAACUGUUGAGACUUUGUAAAUAAAGAAAGCUAUGUU